UCCCCGGCGCCCAGCCCCGCAGCUGCGGCCGAGUGGAAGCAGCGCACCGCGGGGAUGCUGGGCGGGGGGCAGGGCGCGGGGUAGGUGACUUUAUCCCGCCUCUGUUGCCCGGCCCUGGGGAGCAAUGACAUCACGUGGCCUUUUCCACGCACCGACACAAAGAACGCCUGCGAGAGGCCUCGGCCAGGGAGGCCGGCGGCCGCCGCUGCCUCGCCGGGCCCCGGGGCCCCGUCAGCCCGGCUCUCCGCUCGCCACCCGCGCCCUUCCACUACCGCCUCCGCCUGCGCCCCCUGCGCACCGUUGAGCCCGCCCGCCCGGGCGCCGGCCCCUUCCCAUGCGGGCGGCGCGGGCCCUGGGAGGGGCGCCCGGAGCCAGCCGCGCAGCAUGCACUGGGGGGUUGGCUUUGCCUCGUCCAGGCCGUGCGUGGUGGACCUGAGCUGGAACCAGAGCAUCUCCUUCUUCGGCUGGUGGGCCGGGUCCGAGGAGCCCUUCUCCUUUUAUGGGGACAUCAUCGCUUUCCCUUUGCAGGAUUACGGUGGGAUCAUGGCAGGGCUGGGCUCGGAUCCCUGGUGGAAGAAAACCCUUUAUUUGACCGGGGGAGCUUUGCUGGCCGCGGCUGCGUAUCUGCUCCACGAACUCCUGGUCAUUAGGAAGCAGCAAGAGCUCGACUCCAAAGACGCCAUUAUUUUGCAUCAGUUUGCAAGACCUAACAAUGGUGUCCCCAGCUUGUCUCCUUUCUGUUUGAAAAUGGAAACUUACUUAAGAAUGGCCGACCUUCCCUAUCAGAACUAUUUUGGUGGAAAACUCUCUGCUCAAGGGAAAAUGCCUUGGAUUGAAUAUAAUAAUGAAAAAGUGUCUGGCACAGAAUUCAUAAUCGACUUUCUGGAAGAGAAACUUGGAGUGAACUUAAACAAAAACCUUGGCCCCCAUGAAAGAGCUGUCUCAAGAGCUGUGACCAAGAUGGUGGAAGAGCACUUUUACUGGACAUUAGCUUAUUGCCAGUGGGUGGACAAUCUCAAUGAGACCCGGAAGAUGCUGUCACUUAGUGGUGGUGGUCCCUUCAGUAACCUGCUCAGGUGGGUCGUGUGCCACAUAACAAAAGGAAUUGUGAAGCGGGAGAUGCACGGCCACGGCAUUGGCCGCUUCUCGGAGGAAGAGAUUUACAUGCUGAUGGAGAAGGACAUGCGGUCUUUAGCGGGGCUUUUGGGUGACAAGAAGUACAUCAUGGGGCCCAAGCUUUCCACUCUUGAUGCCACUGUCUUUGGACACUUGGCACAGGCGAUGUGGACCUUGCCAGGGACAAGACCGGAGCGGCUAAUCAAAGGUGAGCUGAUCAACCUUGCCAUGUACUGCGAGAGGAUCAGGAGGAAAUUCUGGCCCGAGUGGCACCAUGACGAUGACAACACCAUCUAUGAGUCUGAGGAGAGCAGCGAGGGCAGCAAGACUCACACACCUAUGCUGGAUUUUAGCUUUUACUCAAGGACAGAGACCUUUGAAGAUGAGGGGGCUGAGAACAGUUUUUCCAGGACCCCAGACACGGAUUUCACCGGACAUUCUCUCUUUGACUCUGACGUGGACAUGGAUGACUACACAGAACACGAACAGUGCAAAUGAUGCCCCAUCAUGGACCAUCUUCCUCAGGAGUCACCAUUCCCUGGGGUCGGUCUGGUUUCCCAGAUAGAAAUCCAUCUGAGCUGGGAGGAGAUCUUCAAGCCUGGCCCAGUUUCAACAUACUAACUGGACUAUAAACCGCCUUCUUUCUUUCUUUUUUUUUCUUUCUUUUUUUGUACAAACAGAAACACAGAACCAUUCAGAUGGCUCCGUCUAAAACAGACAAAACAAAUAUCAGCAUGGUACCUGAAAUCCAUUUUUGUUUUCAUUAGAAAACCAAUAUCGUGUGGGAGGCAGGUACACGAGUGGGUUGUCAACUGGGUGAUCGUAUUGAUCCUGUUGAACCGAGGACUCGGCCGUCAGAUGGAUUCUUGACCAUCUCUCAUCGACUGGGGUUUUAAGUAAUGAGACAUACCAUCAGAAAAGACGUAGGAGCUUAUGUCCCUUGGCUGCUGUUGUAUUUUGUGUGUGUAUUUGUAUGUCGAGACAGAAGUCAAAUGGAGUCCACCGAUAUUCAGUGGAUGGCUGUUCCGAGUGUGGCACUGAGUGGGGGUGCUAUGCAACACGAGUUUCAGUCUCAACCCUGCCAGUGACUAGCUGUGUGAUUUGGGGCAGGUCCUUUAACUAUUGUGUGCCUCAUUUCUCCCACCUGUACGGUGGGGGUUACAAUACUCUCCACCUACCUACCUCACAGGGGUGUUGUGGGGACUCACGUGGCAGCAUUAGUGUGAUGCUUUCAACCUCUGGGCAGUGGUGCAACGCGAACCUAUUUUAUUCUUCAUUGUGCUUCAUAAAUGUUAGGGUCUGAGGGUGAAGGACUUUCAGACUUGGGCAACAAGCACAGUCACUUGCCAAAGGCUGUGCCCGUGAAACACACAUAAAGCCAGUUAGGACUGUGUCAUUUCUCUUAGUGACCUUGCUGGAGGAACUUUGGGAGGAACUUCUGCUCUGUGCUUUACAGAACAGCAUCUCUUUCUUUGUCUGGUGCAUCGGAAUGUGGCUUACCUCCCCCCCACCCCCGCCCUCGAGUGCUAACUUACCUGUGUUUAUUAAUUUAGAGAAGAUUAAGCUUAGGACCACAGCAGGCUAGCAGAGAUAAAGGAAAGUAGUUGACUUUGAAGGUAGAAGCUUGUCAACUGGUGUGGGUUGUGGGUUAUGCAGUGUGUGUGUGUGUGUGUGUGUGUGUGUGUGUGUGUGUGUGUGUGUGUAAGAUGGAGAUGUAUUGGAAAGAGAAGCAUGAAGGUUCCUAGUGUCUGAGCCUCUGCAGUUUCCUUGUCGGGUGUCCCCCUGUUGUUGGGUGACAGCAUGAUAUCACUGACACCAAAUCCUAGUGUUUGAUCGCUUGCCCCUUCCCAUCACCCUUUCCGUGUUCUCCCGCUCCACAGAGCCUCUGAACUGGUGAAAUUCCCCUGCAUUUGUGUCUGUCUCUGAGACAGCACUGGAUAGCUUAGAUCAUUUUGCAGGCAGUUGUGGGGCAAGGGUUUUCUGUGUGAUGGCUGUGGAUUUGGGCUGUAAGACUUAACUGCACACCAAUGGCUUUGCUUCUGACCAACUGGGUGAGGAUUACUUCAUGGAGGGUUGAAGAGACCCUUCAAAGAUGGACGUUUCUGAGAAAUGAAUGUACUUUGCUUGGAAAGUAAACUCUUCUUAAUAUAGCUGUUCCAUGAAAA